AACAUUGUUAUUCUUUACUAUUGCUGACUUUAUUUAUGUUUAUUAAUAAUAAUUUAUUUAUGCUCGAAUUUUCAUCAGUCAAAUUCAUGAAUUCAACUUCUAAGCUUUUGAGAUCUUGUUUCCCUGUUUAUCAUCAUCAUGUCAAUCGUGCUUAUUAUGCCAAUCGGAAAAACAACAACAAACUUGUGAUACCAGCUUCUUCUGAAAGGAUUCACUUGGUUGACGCUGAGGUGAUUAAAUUUACAGUUGAUUCGAUUAGCUCUGAUUGGUCCAAGGAGACAGCAAUAGUAAUCGAUACAUCACCAGGACCUGGUCUGCUCCUUGAAGCCCUUCUCAAAGCUGGUGCUCCUAAAGUUAGAGGAUUACUUCAUGGUUCCAGUCCAUACAAAUCUGUUUUACAAACAUUACAAGAAACUUAUCCUGAUAGAUUGGAACUACGGAAUUUUGAUUUUCAUAAUUUUAGGAGCAAUUUUAAAGAAAACAGUGGAAUUGAAGGUUGCAAAAGAGUACUCGAUUCUGCUCUGGAAACAGCCCCUGUUAACUGGACUGACGACCCUCCUCUAAAACUUAUUUUAACUUUGACCCCUAGUACAGAGAGAAGAGUUCUUCGUCGAUUAAUUAGCGAGUUAACUUUACAAAGUGGCAUCUAUGCUUCUGGACGAUCUCAGUUAUUUGUUUUCCUAAGUGAGAAAGAAUAUGGCUUUAUGAAAACCAAGAAGGAUGUUAGGCCGAUUCAUCAUCAAGCCUCGCAUAUUUUGUAUCAAUCUUUUUUUCAAAUUAAUCACCUUGCAACAUUCAAUUUUGACUGUUUCUAUCCUUCUGUAAAUAAUCCAAAAACGAAAAAUAGCAAUCCUGAGAAUGUACAUUUGGUUUCUAUACUACCUAAACUGGAGUUACCUGAUUUAAUAUCAACCAAAGAUUGGCCUGAUUAUUUUUAUUUUGUGAAACAAACAAUGGCUCGAAGGAGAAAUCGAAUCAUUCCAUUCAUGGAAAAACUAGUCUCCGAUUGUGGCCUUAAAUUGAUUAAGAAUGGUAUUACUGUACAUAAGGCUUUCAAAGAUUUGGAACCAGAUGAAUUCAUCAAAUUAUUCGUCGAAAUGAGGAGUUGGCCAGAGUUUGAAGUUUCAAAUUUAGCAGAGGCUACGAAAGGAUUUCUUACUGAGAAUGAUCAAUAUUUACUGCAACAUGGAUUUUCAAUGAACAAAAAGUGAUUUAAAUUGAUUAGAGUUUCAUGAAUUGGUCUCAAAAUUCAAAAGCUAAUAAUUUUACAGCUCAGUUGAAUAACACAUCAAAUUCUGAUUUUUUAGCGUAGUCAUGACCAUAAUCUCAUGUACAAAUACAUUAAGAUUAUAAUAUGCCAAGAAAAAUUCAUAAUUAAAAUCAAUACUUAAAU